CCCAGAGAUAUCGUGAUGCUGGUCGUUGGCCGUGGCCUGUACAAGCCCCGCUGUGUGCGGGGAACUGCUGUUUCGCUGGUCCGACCCAUUGCCUCAGCUCCGAAACAGGACACUCCCACCAAGACCAAAUACGGACCCCUGAAGGAUGAAGACCGUAUCUUCACCAACCUGUAUGGCCGCCAUGACUGGAGGUUGAAGGGAGCUCUGAAACGUGGCGACUGGUACAAAACCAAGGAGAUCCUGCUGAAGGGAGUGGACUGGAUCCUCGGGGAGGUGAAGACGUCGGGAUUGCGAGGCAGGGGUGGAGCCGGCUUCCCCACUGGAAUGAAGUGGGGAUUCAUGAACAAACCGUCCGAUGGCAGGCCCAGGUACCUGGUGGUGAAUGCUGAUGAGGGGGAGCCUGGGACGUGUAAGGACCGGGAGAUUAUGAGACAUGACCCACACAAGCUGAUUGAAGGCUGCCUGGUGGCCGGAAGGUCGAUGGGAGCUCAGGCAGCGUACAUCUACAUCAGGGGAGAAUUCUACAAUGAAGCAUCGAAUGUACAGGUCGCAAUUAAGGAGGCGUACGAGGCCGGCCUGAUCGGGAAAAACGCCUGUGGAUCCGGCUACGACUUUGACGUCUUUGUUUUCCGUGGAGCCGGGGCCUACAUCUGCGGGGAGGAGACGGCCCUCAUCGAGUCCCUGGAGGGGAAGCAGGGGAAACCCCGACUGAAACCCCCCUUCCCGGCCGACGUGGGGCUGUUUGGUUGCCCGACGACGGUUGCUAAUGUGGAGACGGUUGCUGUGUCCCCCACCAUCUGUCGCCGUGGCGGCGAGUGGUUCCACAGCUUCGGGCGCGAACGCAACUCGGGAACCAAACUCUUCAACAUCUCAGGCCAUGUCAACAAUCCGUGCACUGUGGAGGAGGAGAUGUCCAUCCCCCUCAAGGAGCUCAUUGAGAGGCACGCCGGUGGUGUGACCGGAGGCUGGGACAACCUCCUGGCCAUCAUUCCCGGCGGAUCGUCCACACCCCUCAUCCCCAAAUCCGUCUGCGAUGAUGUGAUGAUGGACUUUGACGCAUUGAUCGAGGCUCAGACCGCGCUGGGAACAGCAGCUGUUAUUGUCAUGGAUAAAUCGUCGGACGUGAUUCGGUGUAUAGCCCGGUUGAUGGAGUUUUACAAACACGAGAGCUGUGGCCAGUGCACACCGUGUCGCGAAGGGGUAGACUGGAUGAACCAGAUGCUGUGGCGGUUUGUGAAGGGGGAUGCUCGGCCUGCAGAGAUUGACAUGCUCUGGGAGAUCAGUAAGCAGAUCGAAGGACACACCAUCUGUGCCCUGGGUGAUGGAGCAGCAUGGCCAGCACAGGGUUUGAUCCGACAUUUCCGCCCAGAGAUGGAGAAGAGGAUCGCAUCGUUCCGGGACGCUGGAGCAGCGAAGGCUGCAGUGUGAACCGAGCCCGGUGCUGAACUGUUAGCAGCUCAGAGGCCGUGCUGCAGUCCCGAGAGAGAGAGAGAGACUCUGUCUGUGUGUGUGAGAGAGAGAGGCCUGUAUUUAUCAGGGUGGUGCCCUGUCAAGGCUGUGACCUCCUCCUCGUGUAGACGCCAGCUUUUCAGUUCAGGCUGAUGGUUGUACUUUUUGAAAUGUCUCCGUAGCUCAAUAAAACACCCGUUUCUGAA